AUGAAUUCCGACGAGAUAUUAGAGCAGGAUCUCAAGCCAGAGAGGGAAGAAGAUCUGGACGAAAAAUACCCCAACAGGCCUCACAACCGAGCUCCGACAUUGCCGUUCCACGAUCUAUUCCUGGACCUAUUCAAUCCAUUGAGCGAGCUCAAGAAAAAGCCUUCAGGGCCUACUCCGGCUCGCCGAAAAGUUGGUCCCCAUGGAAAAGGUGCUGCGAGUCUCAACCCGUUCGAGCGCCGGCGUGAUGUGAUUGAGCGCUUCAUUUCGCGGUGGCGCAAGGAUGUCGGCGACGACAUUUACCCCGCCCUUCGACUGAUUCUUCCUGACAAAGACCGUGAUCGACCUAUGUACGGGAUCAAGGAGAAGGCCAUCGGCAAGAUACUCGUCAAGAUCAUGAAGAUCAACAAAGAAUCAGAAGAUGGAUACAAUCUUCUGAAUUGGAAGCUUCCUGGCCAAGGGGCUACAGCACGUAUGGCAGGUGAUUUUGCUGGAAGAUGCUUCGAUGUUCUCUCGAAGCGGCCCAUGCGGACCGAGCCGGGCGACAUGACGAUCGAGGAAGUCAAUGAGAAGCUGGAUAUGCUAUCUGCUGCCUCGAAGGACGAUGAGCAACUUCCAAUCUUCGCGGAGUUCUACCGCCGGAUGGACCCUGAGGAAAUGCUGUGGCUUAUCCGCAUCAUACUUCGGCAGAUGAAGAUUCGUGCUACCGAGCGAACACUCUUUGAUGUUUGGCAUCCCGAUGCCGAGAGCCUGUACAGCAUUUCUAGCAGUCUGCGACGUGUGUGUUGGGAGCUGCAUGAUCCCAAUAUCCGGCUUGAGGGAGAGGAGCGUGGUGUCGCGUUGAUGCAAUGCUUCCAGCCUCAGCUGGCCCAAUUUCAGAUGCAUUCUUUCGAUAAAAUCAUUGCUCGUAUGAAACCAACAGAAGAUGACAACGUGUUUUGGAUCGAAGAGAAGAUGGAUGGAGAGCGUAUGCAACUCCACAUGGUGCCUGACGAGUCCAUCAAAGGUGGUCGGAAAUUUGGCUUCUGGUCGCGCAAAGCGAAAGAAUAUACCUAUCUAUAUGGAAAUGGUCUUUAUGACGAUAACAGUGCUCUGACAAGACACCUCAAAGAUGCUUUUGUGGAUGGGGUACAGAGCAUUAUUCUCGACGGCGAAAUGAUCACCUGGGAUCCUGAACAGGACGCCAUGGUUCCUUUUGGCACGCUAAAAACCGCGGCGCUAGCGGAGCAACGCAAUCCUUUCUCGAAUGGUCCACGACCAUUGUUCCGUGUGUUCGAUAUCUUACAUCUCAAUGGACGCGAUCUAACAAAGUACACCCUUCGUGAUCGUCGCAAGGCCUUGGAGAAAACUGUCCGACAUGUCCAUCGCCGAUUUGAAAUUCACCCUUACGAGGAAGCCACCACCACCACCGAAGUUGAAGCGGCUCUGCGAAAAGUCGUGGCUGAGGCGUCAGAAGGUCUCGUGCUGAAGAAUCCACGCUCUCCAUAUCGACUGAACGAACGCCAUGAUGACUGGAUGAAAGUCAAACCAGAUUAUAUGACCGAGUUUGGAGAGUCUCUUGACGUUGUUGUGAUUGGCGGAUACUAUGGCUCGGGUCAUCGAGGAGGUGCGCUGUCCAGUUUUCUCUGCGGACUACGAGUUGACGACAGCACACAAGCGCCCGAGAAAUGCUGGUCUUUCUGUAAGGUCGGUGGUGGGUUUACAGCCGCUGACUACCAGGAGGUUCGCCACCAUACAGAUGGCAAGUGGAAGGUGUGGGAUGCGAAAAAUCCGCCGACUACCUACAUCGAACUGGGUGGCGGAGACGCCCAGCAUGAGCGUCCAGAUAUGUGGAUCAAACCAUCCGACUCAAUUGUGCUGUGCGUGAAAGCUGCAUCUGUCGCAAUCAGUGAUCAGUUCCGCAUGGGAUUGACAUUGCGCUUUCCUCGCUUUAAGAAAUUACGCAAGGACAAGGACUGGAAAAGCGCACUCUCGGUUCAGGAGUUCCUUGACCUAAAGUCCAAUGCAGAGCAAGAACACCGGGAGAAAGAAUUUUCUGUUGAUCACUCUCGGAAGAAGCGAGUAAAAAAGGCCACUAAGAAGCCGCUCACAGUUGCUGGGUACGACGAUAAUGUUGAUGUCCAGUAUCUUGGACCUUCUGGACAUGUCUUCGAUGAGCUUAACUUCUAUGGCCUUCUAGUCAUAAUGACCGAGUCGACCGUCCCAGAAAAGAAAACAAAGGUUCAGCUAGAACAACUUGUGAAGGCUAAUGGUGGCAAAAUUUAUCAAACCAAGACAGCUGCCGUGGACACGAUCUGUGUUGCCGAGCGAAGAACGGUCAAAGUAGCUUCAUUACAAAAAAGUGGAGAGCAAAAUAUCAUUCGGCCAUCUUGGCUUAUUGACUGCGUCAAACAGAAUGAAAUAGAUGCAGGUCUGCCAGAUCUGCUUCUCCCGUUCGAGCCAAGACACAUGUUUUUCAUGACAGAAGACAAAGAGGAAGAAGUCGCAGCAAAUGUUGACAAGUUCAUGGACAGUUAUGCCCGCGACACAACCGUCGACGAGCUCAAGGAUGUGUUCAAGCAAAUGGAACAAAACCAAGACCAGCCCGACCAUGCCCCGGACUCAGGAACCGUUCAGAGAAUCGAGACUCUCAUCCAGGACAAAGUAAACGCCGGCUACACAGUUCCCUGCGGAUGGCUCUUCCGAGGCCUCAAGUUCCACUUCUACUCGAACGGCGAUCAAUCGGACAAACCAGCCUCCCGAGAAUUGAGGAAGGAAUGCCAACGCCUCCACUUCGCUCGCAACACAGCCCGGUUCGCGAGCGCCGAGAUUGCCAGCUUAUUAAAGAGCCUGAAUACCACACACGUGAUAGUCGACCCGGAGACUCUGUCUCCAGCGGACAUAUCAUCUCUCCGGAAAUCUUUGGCCGCGAAGCCGGGUGCGAAAAUGCCGCAUCUCGUGAACGUGAGCUGGGUGGAAGAGUGCUGGAAAAACCGCACUUUGCUAGACGAGGAGAGAUUCCCGGUUCCGCGAUGA